ACAAUCCACUGUAAAGUUGAUCUUUCUGAAAACAUUGUUACAUCCAAAUUUGAUGAAUCUAGUGGUCUUCUCUGGGUUUUGACCGAGAUUUCACUUUAUUUGUAUAGUAUCAAUGGCAGUCAUCUCGCCCAUCGUGAAUUCAAUAAAUCUAAGACAUCAUCACUUAGUGUUUUUCGAUUAUCUAAUUCCGAAUCUAUUCGCUAUUCAUUAGUUGGUUUUGUUAAUGGCAAUAUUAUUUUAACAUCAUAUCGCGCCGAUUAUUCAUUCAUCGAAAUUAAAGAAUUAGAAAGUCCUCACCAACAUAAAAUCAUUUCUCUUCAAAUCCACGGCAGCAACACAUGUUUUACAUCUAGUGACUCCGAUCUUAAUGUUACAUUAUGGACAUCUAUUGGUGUUCUUUCACCACAUUUUCGUCACGAACUAUUAACACGAUGUCCUAUCUGCGGCUCUAUUUCAUCCGAACAAUGUCAAUCAUGUUCACGUCAUUGCUGCAAGCGCUGCUGCAUUAACGGCACAUGUCUUUUUUGCACUGGAUUAUCUCUCUAUGUUUAA